AUGCCUUCAAUUCCCCCUCCCGUCGCCUUCCACGCCUGCCGCACUCGCUUCCCCCCCGUCACACUCGCUUCCCCACCCGUCACCUUCACUUCCCCUCCCAUUGCCUUUCACACUCUCUUGCUCACUCCCCUGCUCACUCUCUUCCCCGCUGCUCACUCGCUUCCCCCCUACUCAAUCUCUUUCCCCCUGCUCACUCUCUUCCCCCCUGCUCACUCGCUUCCCCCCUCCUCAUUCUCUUUCCCUCUGCUCACUCCCCUUGUUCUAACCCCACUUUCCCCAUUUCUCACCCAUUUUCCCCCUUCACGCUCUCCUACCCCCUCUGCUCGCCCCUGUUUUCCCUACUCACUCCUAUACUCACUCUCUCCCCCCUUGCUCACUCUCUUCCCCCCCUUGCUCACUCUCUUACCCCUUGCUCACUCUCUUUCCCCCUUCACGCUCUCUUUCCCUCCCUUCCGCCUGUUGCCCCCCUUCGUCACGCGCUCGUCCCCUCGCAAUCCCUGUCUCUCUCUCCCCCCGUCGCCCUCCCUUCCACUCCUCGUUGCCCUCGCCAUCCCUCCCUUCUCCCUUCCCAUCUCGCACACUUGUCACGCCCCCUUUCCAACCCGCACAUACACCCUUCCCUUCUUCCCUGUUUCCUCGUAUCCCCUGCGCUGCUUCCCCCCAUCCUCCAACUUGCUCCCCCCAUCCCCUUCCCUGCUUCCCCCCGUCCCCUCCCCUGCCUCUGCCCAUCCCCUUCCCUGCUUCCCCCCAACCCCUUCCCUGCUCCCCCCCAUCCCCUUCCCUGCUUUCCCCCUUCCCCUUCCCUGCUUCCCCCCGUCCCCUUCCCUCCUUCCCCCGUCCCCCUCCCAGCAUCCCCCCAUCCGCUUCCCUGCUCCCCCCCAUCGCCUUCCCUGCUCCCCCCCAUCUCCUUCCCUGCUUCCCCCCAUCUCCUUCCCUGCUUCCCCCUAUCGCCUUCCCUGCUCACCCUUUCUCCCUCUGUUUCACCCUUGCUCCCUCCCUUUCUUCUCUGCUCACUCUCUUCCCCCUUGCUCACUCUCUUUACUUCUGCUCACUCUGUUCCCCCCUGCUUCCUCUCUUCCCCUCUGUUCAAUCUGUCCCCCGCUGCUUCUUCUCUUCCCCUCUGCUCAUUCCGUUUACUGUCUUUCCCCCUUCACUCAUCCCCAUACCCCCCAAUGCAGUUACAGGUGCCCAGCACCAGAUGUGGCUUUACGGCCUGAGAGAAUGAUGGGAUCGGGAAAGGAGGGAUGGGGAAACGAGGAAAAGGGGAUGAGAAGUAGGAUGGCAUGGCGGAAUGGGGUGGGGCAGAAAGGGGUGGGGCGGAAUGGGGUGGGGCAGAAAGGGGUGGGGUGGAAUGGAGUGGGGCAGAAAGGGGUGGGGCGGAAUGGGGUGGGGCGGAAUGGGGUGAGGCGGAUUGGGGAGAUGAGGGAUGGGGAGAUGAGGGGUGAGGAGAUGAGGGAUGGGGAGGUAUGUGAUGGGGAGGAGAGGGCUGGGGAGCUGAGGGAUGGGGAGCUGAGGGAUGAGGAGAUGAGGGAUGGGGAGAUGAGGGAUGGGGAGAUGAGGAAUGGGGAGAUGAGGAAUGGGGAGAUGAGGGAAGGGGAAAUGAACGUAAGCGAUGGUGAAGAGGGGGAACGUGAUGGGCAGGGGAGUGAUGACGACGCGGAGAGAGGGAGGAGAGAAGGGAGGUCGGCGGGAAGGCUAAGCGAGGACGAUGGGAGGGCAAGCGUGGGCGACAGUGGCGGUGGGCGAUGGUGGGGAGAAGCGUGGGCGACGGUGGGGAGAAGCGUGGGCGACGGUGGGAGGAAGCGUGGGCGACGAUGGGGGGAAGCGUGGGCGACGGUGGGGGGAAGCGUGGCGACGGUGGGGGGAAGCGUGGGCGUCGGUGGGGGGAAGCGUGGGCGACGGUGGGGGGAAGCAUGGGCGACGGUGGGGGGAAGCGUGGGCGACGGUGGGGAAGCGUGGGCGACAGCGGGAGGAAUCGUGGGCGAUGAGAGGGGAAACGUGAGGGAAGGUGGGGAAAGGCGUGAGCGACGGUGUGGGGGAAGGCAGGAGGAAGCGUGA